AAUCGUUUUGGUUCAGGCGACACGAGUAAGCGUCAGUCGCCCGGGGAAAGCAAAUUACUGUCGCGGGAGACUUUUGGAUGCCGUAGAGGUGGACUGGAUCUUCUUUAUCGUCGAAAUAAAAGUGCGUUGUCAGGAUACGACUGGAAACCUGAAAUAAAUGUGUGUUGUCAGGAUACGACUGGAGAGAGUGUGGUGAGCAACCGUUUCUGGAAAACGAAAAACCACCUUGUGAAGACACGUCGAAGGUUUUAAGAAAACCCGUUGAAUGCUUUAUGGAAUAAGGCAGCUUGCUUGUUCAGAUUUGGGAUGAGCAUCUUGUGACUUGCACGCAGCUGAAUGAAUAAAGCGCCUUUCCCUUGUCCAUGAACCUUGUGCAUUCUCCGAGGUGUACAACACGCCUGUUUGUCAAUAGGAUGAGGGAAUACCAAAUUCUGCGAGGGGAGAGCGGCACUCGUCCCGCCCGCACAGUUGCGGCUGUCUGUCCUUUUUGAACAGGAGAAAUGACUGUCGGAGGCAGCUGAAGAGUGGCAUAUGCGAAGGAGCAGGGCAGUUUUCGGGAUACCCAGCGAGUCGGCUUUAACGUCUGGAUCUGAGGUCACCGACGCGCGUCUGUGGGAAGACAAUCAAGGGAUGACAGUGAAGCUGGGGGAAGGCGGAGGCAACAACGAAGCGGCGAAGAAAGGAAGCCGAAAGCUGGAAGGCUGCGAGGAGGAGGAAGAAGACGAGAGCGGAGAGGUGGCGGGCGACGAGAGGAGCACAAAGAGUGAUGGGCAUCUUCAUCCCGCGCCGUCCUCGUCCUCCUCGUCCUCCUCCGCUGCUACGGCGGCAGCCUCUUCCUCGAACCCGCAGCCGAGUCACGGGCAGGAUCAGCACCACUUCCUCAGGUCCAGCGUCAGACCCCCAAGUAAACGGCUGCGAAAGGACGCGGGCCCCGCGACACUCAAUGGCCUGGGCACCGCCAGAGGCAAAGGCUCUGAAAAUGGAGGAGCUGUUGUGGGCGCAUGUAAUUCCACAGGGACCCUCUUGAUUUCGUCUGGUGGUACAUCGAAAACGCCUUCAAGAUCUCUUGGGCCCACGGAUAAAGAGGAAGGUAACAAGAAGAAGGCUCGAAGGCAGUGGGAGUCGUGGAGUGCGGAGGACAAGAACUCAUUCUUUGAGGGGCUCUAUGAGCAUGGCAAGGAUUUUGAAGCCAUACAGAACAACAUUGCACUAAAGUACAAGAAGAAGGGCAAGCCUGCCAGCAUGGUAAAGAAUAAGGAGCAGGUGCGGCACUUCUACUAUCGUACCUGGCACAAAAUAUCCAAGUACAUCGACUCCAACAAUGUUUUUUCCCGGAAUCUAAAAAAGUCCUCUCAGGAACUGUAUGGACUCAUCUGUUACGCUGAACUACGGAAGAAGAUUGGUGGCUGUAUGGAUGAUAAGAACGCUGCUAAGCUCAAUGAACUCAUUCAAGUUGGGGCAACUACGGUCCGCUACAAUGGCAGAAAACUGAGGAUCAAGGCGCCCAUGUGUCGAGCUCUGAAGAGGCUUUGUGACCCUGAUGGUAUUAGUGACGAGGAGGAUCAGAAGCCAGUCCGACUUCCUCUGCGUGUGCCUGUGGAGCUGCAGCCACGUAGUAAUCAUUCCUGGGCACGAGUUCAGAGCUUGUCACACAAUCCUAGGCUGCGGAUGGUGGUGGAACUCCACAGGAAACUGUCCAGCCUGAUUGAGUUUUUGAAACAGAAGUGGGCUGUCAAUGAAAACCGCAUUAGGAAGACGUUAGAAGAAGGCGUUUCUGGCCAGUCAUCUUCAUUUGAAGAGAAGGAGGAGCUCUACUUGUACCCCACUGAGAACAGCACACUUACAUCUCUGCCAGGAGUGGCACGGGUUGUCCACUCAAAAGCUUUCUGCACUGUGCAUUGGCAGGAGAGUGGGAAAUGCAGGUCUAGCACUAAAGAGCUGCCUGCUGCCCAUAUUCUUGGCAUCCAGGCUACCUCUAAAGGACCGGGUCGGCCAGGAAGUCGCAAAGAAAGUCCCACUUCUACAGCAGAUGAUGCUCAAGGGGCAGAUGAGUCCGAUUUGCGCGUCACAGAAGAGGAGAUGACUGACAACAAAGAGCAGUUGGACUCGAGGCACAUUCCUACAGGCCAGCAUGUUCCUGAGGAGGGAAGAGAUGGGGUCAUUCACAUGACUGAGGUGGCCACUUUAAAUUCAGAGUCCCUUUCCUGUUCUGUAAAUCCAACGUUGCGUCACUCUGAAGAGGAGCAGGUGGCACAUGAAGGAUCGGAGAAGAAACACUGUUCACCACAAGGCUCUCAUGAGCUCUUGGCAUCUGACAGAUGUGAUCGAGGCAUGGUUAAUGUGAAAGUUGGGACUGUGGUAGACAUUAAUGGAGCCCAACACACGAAAAGUCCGACUCCUUUGGAUGGUAGUGAGAGGGCUGUUCCACCUCCCUCUCACAGUGACUCAUUUUUACAAACGGAAGGAACCAAAAGCAGUGAUAAAGAUAUUUGCACUAGACUGGACGAGGUAGCAGAGGACUGCACUGAGCCCUGUGGAAAGGAGACUAGCCCUGGGCUUCUUCAGCAGGUUCGUGGAGAAGGCUGGAGUGCUCGCAGCACCGAGAAUGUCACGCUGGCUGAACUCUACCUCAUGCUGGGUAAGCCUGGCAAACUGCAGCUGGAGUAUGACUGGCUGCCAGUCUGCCAAAGGGAAAAGGCCCCGCCCAUGCAGAACCCCGAACGUCACACCCAGCGGCUGCUCAAGUGUCUACUGCAGCUUGUUUCAACAGAGGUCAACCCCAAGCCAUGUUCAGAAGUAAGCACCAGCACCACGUCACCACUGAAAUCAGUACCAGAGGAGCAAUCUGUUGUGCCACCAGGGAAGAAUCUGGCGGUCACUCCUCGGAGCCCUAGCUGUGGCCGAAGUCCUGCAUCUGUCCGUGGCAGUAAGGUGUUCUCCCCCACUGCAGGCUCCCCAGGAGUACGCAGUGCAUCUCGGACUCUCCUGAUUGCUGACCCAACCAGAGCAGAAAGCGGAGAAGGAGAAAGUGCAGUGUUUGCCGUUCCCACUACGCUACCACCAAACAGCCGACAUGGGAAGAUGUUCUCACCCAACAAAGAGGCAGAGAUCUCCCUAAGACAGCAGUUGGAUUCCAUUAAUAUGCAGUCAGAUUUGUUCCUGCCAAAGCAGAGGAAAUUCAGGAAUCGGCACCUCCGGAAGCCCUUAGUUGUGCAGAGAACGCUGCUGCCCAGGCCUACAGGAGAUGCUUCACAGCAUGUGUGCUCCUUCUCCAUCCUUUCAAACUCAUCAGUCACAGGCACUGGAUCAUUCCGGCCAAUUCAGUCAUCUCUGGGAAAGGCACAUGUGGCGAGGCCGAUUGUUCCCAAAGUUGUCAUGUCCUCAAGUUCUGAGAAGCUUACAAGUGCUAUUGAUGUGGCAGCUAAAGUCUCUGGCAUCCUGCCCACUAAUCCUGUAGAAGCCCUAGAUGGUGCUGAUGGACUUCCACGUGACUCCUCGCUUACAUCCACACCCUUACAAAUGGAGGAAAAUCCUGAUUCCUUGGCUAGUAAAGGGGAUGAACUCAGGCCGUUGCAGCCACCGCUUCACAAUGGAUUGUCUACUUCACCGUCUCUCUUAUCUCCUCCUAAUGUCUCUGCACUGUUGGACAUCUCCCUGCCCGGGCCACCUGAAGAUGUUCUGUCACAGGAUGAGCCUGCAACUCACAUUAGUGACUCGAUUAUUGAACUUGCCAUCAACUCUGCUAGCUUCGGUGAUGGCUCCUCCUCCCUUUCUCCCUCAAAACUCAAUGGCAGUGACAGCUCCAAGAGCCUCCCGUCACCAUCAAGCAGUCCGCGGUGCAACUGGAUUGAGUCUCCAAGCCACGAUCCACAGUGGUACCCGAGUGACUCGACCGACUCCUCCUUGGGCUGCCUUUUGUCAAGUCUGAUAUCUCCAGACAAGGGGAGAAAGAUGCUCCUGACCCCCACUGGGAACUCAAGUGGCAGCUUGCUGCUGGGGCCAAGUCUUUUGGAUGGCAACUCUCGGGACUCUUUUGUCUCUCGCUCAUUGGCAGAUGUUGGAGAGGUGGACUCCCAGCUGGCCUGCAUGAUAAGUGAGAACAGCGUGGACUAUAUAGCCCGCUUCAAUGACCUGGCACAAGAGCUGGCAGUCACAGAUCCACCACCUCGCAAGGAGGUGCUGUUCGAGGGGAGCUCUGCGCUGACGGACUUGUCUCAGUGAGAGGAAGAUCCUGCGUGAUUGUCAGCUUACUGGGAUGGGAUGUCUUCCAGCAGCCUGUAGGGAUUUCUGCAGGGUUCGGUUGUGACAAAAGUGCAAUAGGCUAACAGUAAAAAAUUUAAUAGUGACAAUUAAGGCCGUUACGCUGUUGGGAGAAGAUGUUGGCGUGAUGACAUCCCGAGGGCAGCGCCUCCUCCCUUUCCCAAUCACUACAGGCUUUGAACAUUUGUGGAAGGGCCACCAUUUCCCCACACUUGAGCAAGUUUUACUAUUUUAAAAAGAGAAAGAGAGCAAGAGCUGGGCCCUCAGUAAAAAAAAAAAAAAAGCCUGAAUGCCUCACAACACUAAAUCCUGUUGAGGAGAUCGGGCUGCAGCACUUAAUACCUGGGGGUUUUGGGGGGCGGGAGGGUCAGCUGUUGAGAAACUGGCGCUGCAGUCGCCUGCACCUUUUUUUUUUUUUCUUCUUUUGGUGGCAAGAAAACCUUUUUACUUAGAACGGCUAAUGCUACCCAAUUUUAUUUAAUUUGUGUUUAGAAAUUACAGUCCAAACUUGAACUGCCUCUGGUUACAUCACGGCUUGGGGAAAAGGGUGAAGCAUCUCUGAAAUGGAAUUCUGGCUGCCGAGGUGGCAUCGCGUUUAUUUAUUUUUUUUGUUAAUCGCAGUUCAUUCUUGCCUUUAUAGCAUCUUCACACUGGGCGACCAAGUUGUGUUGGGUUACUUUUUUAAUCUGUUGGCCUUUUAUAUGACAGAAAAAAAAAUCUGGAAAGUUGAUUUUAAUGUUUGGAUAGGCAGGAGAAGAGUUUUAGGUAGGACUUGUUCUGGAUUACAAGACGUUGUUAGAUUGUUGGCAUCUCAUGGGUGGUCUUCGUUGUUUAGAUCAUCUGCCUAUACUGAAGUGAAUCACCUUGGUUUAUUGGGUUUUUUUUUUUUGGGUUGGUUUUGAUAAAAUUGUCACAAAACAGUCCCCUAUCCUCCUAGCAGCUCAGUCCAGAUGGGACCAUGUGCAGAAAGUGGCAACAAGUUGAGCUCUCCGGUCAAAGUGUGCCAUCUUCAUUGUGGGGAAGACUUUUGUGCACCACUUGAGGCAGAAAGCGGAGUUGUAAGUAAACCUCAUCAAGUGUCGGUGACAGAUGGCUAGCAGCUACUAAACAGUCCUGCUCUGUGCCAGCUUUCCUUACACUUGCCAGCCUUAUGUUGAAUUUCUGCGUCGUCGGGUUUUUUUCAGUGUGUGCAUCUUGGUGAUUAUCGUCUGCCCCACUUCUGCACAGAUGGUUGCUUCUUGGUAGGCAGUGCUCUGCUGACCUGUGCACUGAUUUAUUAUGUACAGCCAACUACGCCCCACAGGUAAUACCUGUGUUUUAGACAAACAUCUCCUGAGCAGAUGAAAGAACAGGCAAGGAUUCUGUGAGAUUGGAUAACUUGGUGUGUUUGAAGGAGGGUUUGAGAUGCCCCUCCAGAGUUCUUUUUUUGUCAAUGCUAAUCUCUCGUCUGGCACUGCCUGGAAACCACAGAAGGACUAAAGAAGGUGCACACAUCCAUCUCUGGUCAAAUAUUGGGACAGGAUGUCUGACCUGAGCUGGGGUGGUUGUGAUUAUUGAACUGUAGAGAUUAGCCAUCCAGGUUUAUGACGCUUCAGAUCAUCCAUAAGAUCCUUCCUCGUACUUUGCUUAUCAGCGUAAAGCCAUAGGUUCAGACAGCAGUCCCCCCAGCCCCCUUUUAACCUUGCCCACUUAGUCCUAAGCGGUGCAGUUCCAAAAGGCUACCUCAUGCUAAGGUUUAGGUUGUUGUGCAAGUAGACCCCCAGCCCCUUUCCAACAACCUCCUAAACCGUUGGGUUUGUCAGGUGUUCCUCCCCAUCAUGCACCACUGGUGAGGUGUGACCUUCUUCACAGCUGUUGCCGGCCCAUCCCGUCCUGUCCAGGGGCCACCAGAGGGUCUCUUCAUAGGAGGAAGCGCAUGUAAAUAAUUGCGAUAGCCUUGUAGUGGAUGAGCUCGGCCCCGAGUGCCAUUACUGACUACAAGCACUACAGGCCGACUUCUCUUUCAGUCCAAACGGAAGAAAAUGGUGUCGGGUGAUGAUGAGGUGAGACACAAAGCCAUAUCAGUUCUGAUUUUUUUUUUUCCAGUGUUUUCGAGUGUACAUAGCUGCUUCAUGAAAAUGUUACUCUGACUUCCACUCUUCUGACUUUUUUUGUAUUAUAUUGUAAAUUAUUGUGACUAUUUAUUGUUUUGACAGCCUGAGGGAUGUUUUUGUUAUUUAAUAUGCAAAAAAAAAAAAAAAGUGGAAGUUCUAAUGUAAGAAUUUCAGACCUGUAAAGUUGUUUUUAUUCUUGCGAAUAUAAAUACAGUUUAAUUUUUUUUCUCUU